AAGCCGCGGCACCACGAAAAGGACAGGGGACGGUGGCGCAGACCGAUGGGGAGGCGCACGCGAAGGAGGAGGCUGGCGACGGCGGUGCCAGCCCAGCGGCAGCAGCAGUGCCACCAGUGGUGGUGAAGUGUGAGCACAGCGCCGUAUCACAGCAGCAGCGAGGUGGUGAAGUGUUGCCGCCUGAAGACGCCGUGGACCCUUCAUCCACGCCGUCACGAGAGGAGCAAGUCAAGGCGGCGGCAGCAGCAGUAGCCCCGGUCGCGGAUGCCCCUGCCAGGUACAUACGUCUCCACUUUGGCGACACCGUGCUGCUCCGCGUGAGUGUGAAGCUGCUUGACCACGCCAUCGCCGCGUGCCUCACUGUCUGCUGCACGCUUCUGCUCAAAAAGUGCAUCUGGGUGUAA